GCAGACUGAGGUGAAGACAGCAGGUGUAGUUGACGUGUCAGGUAAACUUUUGGAUCUUCACUUCAACAUGAUGCUUAAGGCUGUUAUUCUCAUUGGUGGACCACAAAAAGGCACUCGAUUCCGACCUUUAUCACUGGAUGUUCCCAAGCCUCUGUUUCCGGUGGCUGGCCUGCCCAUGGUCCAGCACCACAUAGAAGCAUGCGCUGCUGUGCCUGAUAUACGGGAAGUUUUACUUCUUGGUUACUUUCCUGCACAGCAACUGCAGCAGUUUGUGGCAGACAUGAUUGCUGCCUACAAAAUUAGAAUCAGGUAUCUUCAAGAGUACCAAGCCUUAGGUACAGCAGGGGGCAUCUAUCACUUCAGAGAUCAGAUUAGUUCAGGAAAUCCUGAUGCUUUCUUUGUACUUAAUGGGGAUGUGUGUGGAGAUUUUCCUCUUCAGGAAAUGCUAGAUUUCCAUACAAGUCUCUCAACACCUUCACUCAUCACCAUUAUGGGCACAGAAGCUACACGACAGCAGUCCACUAUGUAUGGCUGUAUUGUUGAAGACAAAGAAACCCAUCAAAUUCUCCAUUAUGUUGAGAAGCCUUCCACCUUUGUAUCCAACCUGAUCAACUGUGGUGUUUAUAUUUGUUCUCCUGAUAUCUUCAAGCGAGUUGGAGAAAUUUUCAACUCCAGGCAAGACUUUUAUAGCUGUGAUGAUUCUGAGGGCACAGAAACCAUUCAGUUGGAGCAAGAUAUCCUCAUGCCAAUUGCCGGAACUGGCCAAGCCUAUGUGUAUAACAAUGACAGGUGGUGGUCCCAGAUAAAAACAGCUGGUUCUGCUAUAUAUGCCAAUCGCCAUUACCUUCAGCUUUAUCAUAAAACUAAGAAGGAACGUCUAGCAACAAAUGGGCCUGAUAAACCAACCAUCAUUGAUGAUGUUUAUAUCCAUCCCACAGCAACUGUUGAUCCAUCAGCCUUGUUGGGUCCUAAUGUGAGUGUUGGCAAGAAUGCAGUAAUAGGUGCUGGAGUUCGCAUACGAGAAUCUAUUAUCCUGGGCAACACCACCAUUCAGGAACACAGUUGUGUCCUCUACACAGUCGUUGGCUGGAAUUCAAAUGUUGGGGCUUGGACGCGUUUAGAAGGCACACCGUGUGACCCAAACCCAAACAAACCUUUUGCAAAGAUGGACAAUGUUCCUCUCUUCAAUCUUGAAGGCAAAUUAAAUCCUUCCAUUACUAUCCUUGGUAAUGAUGUCAAAGUCCCCUCUGAGGUGGUGGUGAUAAACUCCAUAGUUCUUCCAUACAAAGAACUCUCAGCUAGCACCAAAAAUGAGAUAAUUCUUUGAGUAGUGAUGCAAUGUAAAUGUUCCUUCUGAAGUGAUAGUCUUGAACUCCAUCGUAUUACCGUACAAAGACCUUCCACGGAGCUACAAGAACGAGAUCAUUCUCUAGGUUGUGAAAGAUUGAUUACCUCCUCACGCGUGCUUCUAACAAUGUAAAGUUUCUUUGAUAUGUAAGUGUUCACUGUUUUCCUUCUCACUACAGUUCUAAUAACAUUGUUUAAAGAUUAACCGAGAUAAAUCUCAUGGUGAUUUUUUUUUAUAUAGCUUGUAAUAAUAUACAGUACGUAUUUAUUGAAUUGAUGUAAAUCUUUAUUUUCAUAAAAUUUGAAAUUGUUA